GGCGGACAUAUUUGGUAGGGAAAGGGUCCGCCUCUAGCUGUCUUUCUCAGGCUUUAUUUCUUUUAUUCGCGCGAUGUCACUGUGUCUUAAAACAAGAAAAUAUUCUAACCUACACCGUUAUAUUAUGCAACCUCCAUAUAUUUACCGCUUAGUUACAUUUUAGAGUCGCUGCUUGUUGUAGCCUGCGUUUAGCCCUGCAACACUGGAAACGAGGCAGGAACCGACCGUAGAAGGGGCGCAAACGUGCACAACGACGUUAUUCAUCCUAAGUGUGUUUUCAUCUGGAAAAAAGACGCGUUUGGAAACCUCAAAAUGGUCGACAGGGUAGCCGCCGGGGUGUUGAAGAAGCAGCUAACCUCAUUCAAGGUAGCUCUCGAUAGCGUCCUGGUCAACUUCACCCAGUUCGUGGACAGCCGCUUCGCCGAAUUCCAGCUCGAGCUGUCCGUUAAAGAGCGGGAGAUUGACAGUCUCAAGUUUCAGCUGGAGAUCUCCCGGAGCGAACUGAGGGAGAUGAAAAGACACCUGCGCUCAGUCAGCCGGCUUCUCACCCGGCCGACCGCCCGAGGAGUCGAGGAAGGCUUAGUGAGUGGCGACCAUAGACAAACGGUGGGCUCCGAACCGAGAGGGGGAUUCCGAGCGCGCGGCUGGAAGAUUGCGGCGCAGGAGGCGUGGGACGGACGGAACACCGAAGAAGUUAAAAGUGAAGCUGCAGACCCCAGUGCAGGAACAGGGACGUCAACUUCAAGAACUUGCACACCAGAGAAUCUUCUGGAUCGAUACCCUGUGACACACCUUGACGCUGCGCAACAGAGCUGCUCGACAUGGAAAGACGUAAAGCAGGAGACUGUCCGAGUUUCAGAAUGCGAAGAGGAGCCGAGGACAGAUGCCUGUGAAACCCAGAAAAAUGACCAGCAGCAGGCUGGCAGCAUCGCAGAGGAGACCUACAAGAUGGAAUUGGACACUUCAGGCUGUGAGUCUUUGGGAAGAAAAGCCUUAUUGAUAGCAUCUGAAGAUCACCGUGUUUGUUUCCGAAACGAGGAUGUGCGGCUGGGUUUCAUGCAAGGCACCCUGCAGAUAAGCCCUGAGGACUGUGAACCAGGAAAAGGUUGUGCUGAGGAGGAGAGUGCUGAAAGAAGUAAUCUCCUUCAGAUUUCGGACAAGCUAUUUUCCUGUCUAGAGUGUGGGAAGAAUUUCAAAUUGAAAAAAUAUUUACAGAACCAUCAAAAAAUUCACAAUGAAGAGAAGCCAUACAGCUGUAUUGAGUGCGGUCGGGCAUUCAGGCAGUUGAUCAACCUAAAAACGCACCAGCGUAUUCACACGGGUGAAAGGCCGUAUAGCUGUGGCGAAUGCGGCAAGGCCUUCAACCAACUGCCCGCCCUGAAGACGCACCAGCGCAUUCACUCUGGAGAGAAACCGUACCACUGUCCCGAGUGUCAGAAGCGGUUUGUCACGGCGCAGAUCCUGAGGCGGCACCAGAGGAUUCACACCGGGGAGAAACCGUACAUGUGCACAGAAUGUGGGAAGAACUUCAGACUGUUAGGUGGACUUAAGAAACAUCGGCUGAUUCACUCAAGAACACACGUGUAAAUAAGCCUGAGGCAAAUGGUAUCGUCUGUAGGUAACAAAGGUGUCUAUGAGCCUUUAAUAAAUAGUGUAAACUAAAAAUCAUAAUUCCACCCUUCUAUCCUUCCUUCUGGAUGGAGUGCAAGUUCAAGAGAGUUUUACUUCCAUAAAAAUAUCCAUAUACUGUAUGUAUAUGUGUGUUUCAGUUACGGUAUACUCUGUUGUGGCACGUCAGAUAAUUCUGCCACUUCCCAGUGGUCCAGUCUGGUUUGAUUCUCAUGGUGGUUGCCUUCUCUGUGGACUUUGCAUGUUCUUUCUAUUUUCAGGUAGGUUUCCUCACGCAGUCUAAACACUCGCAGUUCAUUCUAAACUGACAGAAUCGGAGUCUCUGUGAUUUGUGAUUGGAUUAGCGUCCUGUUCAGGUCUGAUGCUGCCGCUCCGGCUUUUCACGAUGGAAAACAUGGGUUCAGAAAAUCAAUGGCAGAGAGAGAACAAUAAAAAGAGAAAGCAACA